ACUGAAACGUAUCAUCUCCAAGCUCUAUCAAUAUAUCAUCUUCCUCUCUAGUCUAGCGAUCUGCUAUUAUCUCGAUCUGAUCUGUUCGCCAUGGAAGAGAAGAAGGAAGAAUCGACGAACAAGAACGUUAAGAAGGCGAAUCUGUUGGAGCACAACUCGAUCAAGCACAUCCUCGACGAAUCCGUCUCUGACAUCGUUAAGAGCCGUGGAUACAAGGAGGACGUGAGGCUGAGCAACCUGAAGCUGAUCUUAGGGACGGUUAUCAUCGUGGUUGCUCUCGUUGCUCAGUUCUACAACAAGAAGUUUCCGGAGAACAGAGACUUUUUGAUUGGAUGCAUCGCAUCGUAUGUAGUGCUGAAUGGGGUGUUGCAGCUGAUUCUGUAUACUAAGGAGAAGAAUGCUAUAUUGUUCACCUAUCCUCCUGAGGGAUCAUUCACCAGCACUGGCUUGGUUGUGUCUUCAAAGCUGCCGAGAUUCUCUGGUGAGUACACUCUCACCAUCGACAGCGCUGAUCCAAAAUCAAUCUCAGCUGGGAAGUCUGUCCAGCUCACCAAAAGUGUCACCCAAUGGUUCACGAAAGAUGGAGUUCUUGUUGAAGGUUUGUUUUGGAAAGACGUGGAAGCAUUAAUCAAGGACUAUGCAGAAGAAGGAGAACCAAAGAAGAAGAAAUGAUGAUAUGAUAUUUAGGAGAAAAUAAUGUUCUUACAACUCCAACAUGUAUCGUUUUAGAUAAUUAAAAAUCGAUGGCGACAUUUGCUUAGAGAUGACAAUAAUAUUCCCGAUAAGAAUAUUCCAGUUA